CGCGGCUCCGGGAAGAUGUGGGUCCUCGGCAUCGCGGCAACUUUUUGCGGACUGUUCUUGCUUCAAGGCUUUGCGUUGCAAAUCCAGUGCUACCAGUGUGAAGAAUUCCAACUGAAUAACGACUGUUCCUCCCCCGAGUUUAUCGUGAAUUGCACGGUGAACGUUCAAGACAUGUGUCAGAAAGAAGUGAUGGAGCAAAGCGCAGGAAUCAUGUACCGCAAGUCAUGCGCGUCGUCAGCCGCCUGCCUCAUCGCCUCGGCUGGGUACCAAUCCUUCUGCUCCCCAGGGAAACUGAACUCAGUGUGCAUCAGCUGCUGCAACACCCCUCUCUGCAAUGGGCCCCGGCCCAAGAAAAGGAGCAAUUCUGCCCCGGCCGUUCGGCCAGGGCUCCCCAGCACCAUCCUGCUCCUCGAAUUAGGCCUCUUCUUGGCACACUGCUGA